GCUGCUGUCUGAAGACGCUCAGCUCACAUAAGUCAAUACAUGGAGAACACACAGACUACACGCCUGGAGGAGAUACCGGUGCUUCACGAACAGGAAUCAGGAUGGUGUAUACCACGGCUCUGCUCUUCGGACACGGAGUGCCCGUGAUGUCGGAGGAGGAAAGUGUCAUGGAGAUGAUAGGAAAGUAUUUCUCCGAGCUCACGUCCCCGGGCCGGAAGACGAGCUCAGCCCGGAGGGGCAGCGUCGAAAGCUGCGAUGAGACUGAGAACAACCAGCCAUUUACAAACUUGGAUGCUGGUUUGGACUACAAAGAGAAGAAGUACAUGACCAAGCAGAUUGAGCGCUGUCUAACGGAGGCCAAAGCAUCCACCCUUCACUGCCAGGUGCUGCUACUACCUCGCCACAUGACCACCAGGGUGGGAAAGGACGUGGUGCACUCCUCUGCUGAUGAGCCUUGUGGGCUCCGGGGCGCCUCCAUCAAGGUCUAUGUAGAAGACAAAGAUGGCCUAAGGUCUGUGGGGAGCAUCCACCCAGACUCAAGUGUCACCCCGACAUUUGAACUGUCUGUAAUCUUCAAGGCCGACAAGAAUGAUGGCUGGCCGUCACUGAAGCACAUCUUUGAUACCAACAAAGUGUUGAAGCUGAGACCAGAGUACAGGCUGGUGAAGAGGAAGCUCUACUCCUCUGCCAGCCCUGUUACUCAUGAAUUCAACUAGGGUAGAAGUUCAGAAUGUAAACCCAGCCUCACUGUUUACCUCUGUUUGUGUGUGAUUUAUAAACUUCCUGUUCAGUGUUAUAUUUCUAGUAACUGUUUGACCUGGGCUGCCAUGAAAAAUGCACGUUUCCCUGCAUUUUUUUGUCAAAUGUAGAGCAAAAGUUUAAACUACUUCCUCUCCCUGGACUCUAAUAUGAUCACAGUAUUUUGCACAUCUGUUUAAGUUGAAUGUUAGAAGUUUACACUGUUGACAGUAACGUCCUUCCAGGAGUGGGCAGGUCUCCCUCCUGAAGAGUGCUGUAUUUUUGUUAUUUAUGCAAAAAAUAAAUACAUUUUCUUCAGUA